GUCACCUACAAAGGAUCAUCACACAAAAUGGAUGAUGAGUUCUUAAACAAAUAGAAACGCAACUCACACUCUUUGUAAACUACCUAUCGAAAAUGCUACCCCUUUCAAUUUGCAAGUAUAAAUAUAAUCAUCACUUCAAAGUGUACCUAUAUGAACUCCUAAAUUCUUGUAAUAUCUGAUGAUUAGAGUUGAAAAUUUCAAAAUGAAGAAAAUUGAGAUUUUCAAGAUAAUGGCAAUGGCUCUAACAUUGUUGGCAAUAGUGCCAAAGAUUGAAAGCGAAGGUAGGCCUACUACACCAACAAAUCAACGCCCACUUUGUGCAUCUCAGUUUGCACUAGUAAACUAUGCAUGUGGAAGGUUACCCUUCACACCAGGGGUACCACCUGCCCCCUUAGAGCCCCCGCCAGCACCUGAUGAUGAUGGUGGUGAUGAUGAUGAUGGUGGUGACGAUGAUGGUGGCAAUGAUGAGGGGCACAAAAACCACCAUCGCGAUCAUGGGCAUGGACAUGGGCACGGUCACAAACACGGACACAAGCAUAGACGUCACCAGACCGCUGAGCAAGAAAAUUGUUGCCGAUGGGCUAGGGAAGUGGACAACCAAUGUGUUUGUGAACUUCUUGUUCGUUUGCCACCAUUCCUUGUUAGGCCUUUACAUCUCUACACACUCAACAUUGGUGAAGACUGCGAGAUCACUUACUCCUGUGGUGGUCCAAUAUGAUUCUCAAACUUGCAUUGAUUAUGAUGCAGGUUAUACAGUUAUUAUUAUCCUGUGUUUGUUUGGUUUUUUUUCUCUUCAAAGUUUUUACAUGUCAAUGUUAUGUUACAGUAUGUCGGGAAAGAAAAAAAAGGGUUUAUAGUUAUUGUUUGUGGCUCCUAUAGUAUUGUUAUUUAGCUUGUGCUACUGUUAAGUCCCGUAUACACUGCGAUUGGUAAAGGUUGUAAGCAAUGCUAGAUUUAUUUAUUCGUGAAUUUAUGUUUGAUAUGAAUUGAAUAAUUAUGUACCGGUAUUAGCUAAUUGAUUUUAAAAUAAUUCCAUA